CCUGAGAGGGGUAGCACAUGCCCUCUUCCCUCCUCUCCUCGCCUCUCGUUUCCAUUUCUCUCUUCCUAGUCAUUACGGUUUCGGACUUGAAUUCUUCAGCUUCUUUGAAAAAUCGAAGCACGAGAACUGGUGGAGCUCCGCUGCUGAUUUCGGUGAGAAAAGGGAGAAGUAGCUGCUGAUUUUCUGUCUGUUAUCUGAUAAUCAGAGAUUAGCAGUUCUGAUUAGCGUCUUUUGUCUUUCUCGCAGUUCCUGCAUCGGUUUUCUCACGCCAAUCUGAAAAUGUAUAGGAUCCCAUGCUUUUUAAGGGCUUUAAAGAUUCCCAAACGGCUGAUAGAUGUGAGCAAACCAAGGAAAUGAGAAAACUGGGAUUUUCUAAACCCUGCUGAUUAGAAUAUUCACAGUAAAAAAAAAGAAAUCCUCUUCUCUGCGAUCUCUGUUUUCAGUUCACGUGAAGGAGGCUGCUGUUGUCUCUCCGUUUUAAGAUCAGAGAGAGAGAGAGAGAGAGAGAGAGAGAGAGAGAGAGCAUUUAUUGAUAAUGCCAGAGAUCUAGGGCUUUUCUGCAGGAGGAAAAAUGAGGUGAAGAUCUGAUGCGGGCGGCGAAAGCGACCUAGGUUCGUCGAUUUCCUGUUUUCCUCAUCGUGCGGUAGCGAUGUGGUUUACCUCUGUAGAUCGAUUGGGAAACAGAGAAGAUGAAGAAGAUCGACGGUGUCGGAGGGGAGCAUUGCUAGAUCGGAAGGUUUCAUAUGCAAAAUCGAUUGAUACAAAGAGAAAACAAGAUUCCUAAUUCCCGAUUCGUGGCCUGUAGAAACCGAUGGAUUUAAGGUAUUUUUUCUACUUGUUGAUUUUCAUUCUACUCGUUCUCAUCCCAUCUGCAAAAUCAGGCGACGCUGAAGCUCUUCUACGCCUGAAAUCAUCGAUCGAUCCGUCCGGGUCGCUCCCGUGGCGAGGAUCCGACGCCUGCGGAUGGCAAGGUAUCAAGGAAUGCUUGAAAGGGAGGGUUACGAAGCUCGUUCUCGAGUACUUGAACUUAAACGGUAGCUUAGAGGAGAAGAGCUUGAACGAGCUUGAUCAGCUCCGCGUCCUCAGCUUCAAAGGGAAUUCGAUCUCCGGUUCAAUCCCUAACCUGUCCGGCCUCAUCAAUCUAAAAUCCCUCUUCCUCAACGACAACCGGCUCUCCGGCGGAUUCCCAAGCUCGAUCUCCAGUCUACACCGGCUGAAAGUCAUCGUUCUAUCAGGAAACCAGGUAUCAGGUGAGAUCCCGGCGUCUCUGAUCAGGGUCCGUCGGCUGUACGUUCUUCAAUUGCAGGACAACCGCCUAACUGGCAGCAUCCCUGCGUUGAAUCAGACGAGCCUGAGAUACUUCAAUGUGUCUGGCAAUAGGCUUUCGGGCGAGAUUCCGGCGACGCCUGCGCUCAUACGAUUCAAUUCAUCUUCUUUCUUGAACAAUCUGAAUCUCUGCGGCGAACAGAUAAAAAAGCCCUGCACUGAUCGCAACGUCUCUUCUCCGCCAUCUCCAAACCCGGCACCAUUGCCCACAACGGAAAACAGAAAUCACCCACAGCGGAAGAAGAACAAGAAGAAGCUUGCAAUAGUUGUUGCAGCGAGCAUUGCUGGAUUUUUCCUUCUUCUCAUAUGUUUGGUGGUGCUGUGGAGGAUCUGCUGCAGGGGGUCACGUGACAGGGAAGUGAGGGUUGCAAAGGCAGAAGGAGUAUUGGUAGGAGAAGGGCCGUCGGGUGGCACGGAUGGUAAUAAUGUGGGAGGGAAGGGGGGGUUUGCUUGGGAAGGAGAGGGGCUGGGGAGCUUGAUUUUCUGCGGUGGUGCGGAGCAGUUGUACACGUUGGAGGACUUGCUGAAGGCUUCGGCGGAGACGCUAGGCCGCGGGACUAUGGGGAGUACGUACAAGGCAGUGAUGGAGUCGGGUUUCAUAGUGACGGUGAAGAGGCUGAAGGACUCGAGCUAUCCUUGGCUGGAGGAGUUCCGAAGGCAGAUGGAGGUGUUGGGGAGGUUGCGCCACCCUAAUUUGGUGCCCGUGCGGGCGUAUUUUCAAGCCAAGGAGGAGCGGCUGCUGGUGUACGAUUACUUCCCCAACGGCAGCUUGUUCUCGCUCAUACACGGAUCAAGACCUUCUGGUGGUGGGAAGCCACUUCACUGGACGUCCUGUCUAAAAAUCGCUGAGGAUUUAGCGACAGGUCUACUCUACCUCCAUCAGACAGCCGGCAUAGUCCAUGGCAACCUAAAAUCCUCCAAUGUUCUCUUAGGUUCUGACUUCGAAUCCUGCCUCACUGACUAUGGCCUCACACCUUUACGUUCGCCCGAUUCCCUUGAAGACAGCAGCGGUGGUGCUGCUUCCCUCUUCUACCGAGCCCCUGAAUGCCGACACCCACGAAAGUCCUUCACCGAACAGUCCGAUAUCUACAGCUUUGGUGUCAUCCUCUUGGAACUCCUCACAGGGAAAACGCCCUUUCAAGACCUUGUCCAAGAACAUGGUGCGGACAUUCCAAGCUGGGUUCGAUCAGUUCGUGAGGAGGAGACGGAGUCCGGGGAGGACCCCUCGUCUGGGAAUGAGGCCUCGGAGGAGAAACUGGCAGCGCUCUUGAACGUGGCGAUGGCUUGCGUGGUGCCUGUAGCUGAGAACAGGCCUGCAAUGAAGGACGUUUUGAGGAUGAUAAGGGAGGCAAGGGCGGAGGCCCAGGUGUCAUCAAAUAGCAGUGAUCACUCGCCGGGGAGAUGGUCGGAUACUGUUCAGGGCCUGCCGAGGGAUUCCGGGUCAGAGCAUUUGAAUUUUACAGAGAGGGAUUGAGUGAAAAAGGCGGGGAGUUUGUUUUUGUUUUUAUUUUUAUUUUGAAUUUGAAAUCUUCAACUAAGCCGUUGUAGAGUGGUGGUAAAGCAGAUUAUUAGCUCAUUUAGAGUAUUGAUUGUUUAUUUUCUAGA